UUUUUAAGACAUUUAUUUCCAUUGUUAGAGUGGCCACUUGAGUAUCUGGUCAAUAUAAUGGAUACUCUGUGAUCAUAUCGAUCAAGUUCAGUUUAGUAGUGGUGUGGGUGUUUGCGUUUAAUCCACUAGAUGGGGAACUUUUGUCUUUGUUUACCCCUCCCAAACGCCUUACGUUCGUCUCCGACGUUGCGUCAACUCUGAAUCGAAGUUGGCUAGCUAGAUUGAGCCAAGCGUACUUUCCCUAUUUCUCUGUGUUCAAAUAAACAUGUUGUACAUAGCUAGACUGUUUUAAAUGUUACCUUUGAAAUAAUCAGAAAAUCAUUAUUUUCAAAGCAACCAACGACAACUGUUGGAUCGAAAUCUUCGUCUCAUCCAGCGUUUAUAAAUGAAGCAAUAGCUACCUGCUACGUUAGCUAGCUAACAAGUGACAAUUUACAAAGAAGGUAAACAAACCAACCGCUAGAGGUUGGAGGGUGGGAUGUGGAUAUAAUGUAUGUAAUCUGACGUGUUUUUUGCUAAAUGGACCAUGGAGGACCUUUGCAACGCGAGGACUCAAAUGUCGUUUAACGAGAUGAAAAAUAGAGAGACAUUCCAACAUCGCUACUGAAAAACAGUAACGUUACCAUUCCUGAAUCCCUCAUCUAUUUACACGGUGAAGGCCUGGUGCUAGUUUUUAGCUAGCUAACUGGCCCCUAGCCCAUCAAAUCCACCCUGGCAACAGCCGUACCCUGGAAACGUCACCGUUGUCACACAGGGUUCCCACAUAUGCUGAGCACUUGUUGGCUGCUUUUCCUUCACUCUGCAUUCCGACUCAUCCCAAACCAUCACAAUUUGAUAGAGGUCGGAGGAUUGUGGAGGCUGGUCAUCUGAUGCUGCACUCCAUCACUCUCCUUCUCGGAUUUGGAUGAUGCUGAUACUGAUGUACCUGAGAGAGAACCCUCCUGUCUAAGACACAGCCAGCUGGAUUUAACACACCCUCUCCCAGCCCUCCCCUCAGCACCCCCAUCUCCUGCACCUGAACCAUGUGAGGGCCCCUCGCUCCACUUUGAGGGGAUCCCAGGACUGUUGUGUAAAAGCAGCCGCUGAGCGGGGCCAGAGUGAACCUGUGUGUGAGCAAGCAGUCUUCCCCCUAACCCCCACCCACAUAUACCCGCCCCCCUUCCCGUUGGGAACGCGCCAUGAUGUUCCGAGACCAGGUGGGCAUCCUGACGGACUGGUUCAAGGGCUGGAACGAGUGUGAGCAGACGGUGGCGCUGUUGUCCCUGCUGAAGAGAGCAUCUCGUACCCAGGCCCGCUUCCUGCACAUCUGCCUGGAGCACUGGCUGGCAGACUGCACUGAGAUCCACAUCCUGGAGGCAGAGGCAAACAAUGCAGACAUUGUGAGCCAGUGGCACCUGGAGCCCAUGGAAAAGGCGGUGUCCCUGCUGCUGUCCCACCUGCCCCUGCUGCAGCCCCGCAACAGCGAGGCCAAGUGUGAGUACAUGAAGCUGCUGCAGAAAGUGCUGAGCCACACCAUCGAGAGCAGUCUGUUUGUGGAGGAGAGCAGACAGCUGCUGUCCUACGCCCUCAUCCACCCGGCCACCACCCUGGACGACCGCACCUCGCUGGCCAUGUGGCUCAACCACCUGGAGGAGCACCUCUCCAGCGGCUACCCAGCGCCCUCCCGGCCCCCCUCUGGCCCCUACCACCCCCGCCAGGGCUCAGAUGAGUGGCCGGGCUCCGCAGAGGUCCUGGACCCUGGCCAUGGCUGGCUGGACAAGCCCCCCUCCUCUAGCUCCUCCCCUGCAGGGCAGAACGGACACAUGUCUUUCCAGGGUGGGAUGCCCUCGCCCAUCAACAGCAACAACGCAGGCAUGGGUCAGAUGGGCCAGCCCAGUCCUCUGAAGAGGUCUUCGUCCCUAAUCCCCUCCAGUUCCCAGGUCUGUGGCGCAGAUUGGCUGAGCCAGGAUGACCUGGGGGGGCGACAGGCCUUUGACCACGCCCCCCUGUCCCCCCAGAGUAGUGUGGCAUCCUCAGGCAGCGAGCAGACUGAGGACCAGGGCUCCAGAAACACCUUCCAGGAGGAUGGCAGUGGCAUGAAAGAUGUGCCCAUGUGGCUGAAGAGCCUCCGUCUUCAUAAGUACGCAGCACUUUUCUCCCAGAUGACUUAUGAGGAGAUGAUGAUUCUGACAGAGCACCACCUGGAGUCACAGGUUUGUCAUCGUUUGUCACAGAAUGUGACCAAAGGUGCGCGGCACAAGAUAGCCCUGAGUGUCCAGAAGCUACGAGAGAGGCCAAGCGUUCUCAAGUCUUUAGAGAAGGAUAUAUUGGAGGGGGGCAACCUGCGUAACGCCCUACAGGAACUACAGCAGAUUAUCAUCACCCCUAUCAAGGUCUACAGCUACAGUCCUCCCAGUGUUUCCCACAGAGGAUCCCCCUCAGACCACACCAACCCUGGAGAGGACAAGGACCUGGCCCAGGAGGGCUUCCAGCCCCACAACCCCCCUCCCUGCGACGGAGAGUCCUCAGCCACACCCAUCUCAGACGGCGACAUUGCUGGCCAGUUCACGCGUGUCAUGGGUAAAGUGUGCACUCAGCUACUGGUGUCCAGGCCGGACGAGGAGAAUAUCAGCUGUUACCUGCAGCUCAUUGAGAAAUGUCUGACACAUGAGGCUUUCACAGAGACUCAGAGGAAGAGGCUGGUCUCCUGGAAGCAGCAGGUUCUCAAGCUGCUCCGCUUGUUCCCAAGGAAAGCCAUGCUGGACAUGCCUGUGUACCGACAGAAAGGCUGGGCAUAUGGUUCCAACUCCCUCCCCACAGCAGGCUCUGUGAGUGCUGGGGGUCUGGCACGUAGGGGGCAGAGGGCAUUCCAGAUGCCCCCUCGUGGCCUCCCUGCCGGGCGCAUGGGGCUCCUGAGUCCAGGUGGCAUCGGGGUUGCCUCCCCACGCCACACCCUCACCAGCCCCACACUGCCAGGCCAGGGCAGACAGAACCUGUGGUUUGCCAACCCUGGGGGCAGCAACAGCAUGCCAAGCCAGAGUCGCAGCUCCGUGCAACGGACCCACUCACUCCCUGUCCACACCUCCCCGCAAACCAUGCUCCUGUUCCAGCAGCAAGAAUGCCAAGUUCCAGGUGCAGACCUGGAGAUCAACCCCACGCUGGAGUCACUGUGCCUCAGUAUGACAGAGCAUGCCUUAGGAGAUGGAAUUGACCGAACAUCAACAAUUUGAAAAUAAAAGCAGUGAAAAGAAGAAACCAAACCGACACUUCACUUCAACUGAGGCCUGUUCAGUUUCUCUUGCCCAGCACAAAAAUAUAUGCUUAAAAAACAAAGCAAAAUGGUCACUACAAAACGACAACUGUAUAUGUUCUCUGAUAUUUUUCUACUUUAUUAUACUUAACUAAGUUUAUUAUAAAUGGAAUACAGAUGACUAUUAUAUUACAGGAGGGAGAAGAGGUUACUUGUGCAACAUGCUCAAUGUCUUCUGCAGGACUGUGACAUUAAAACGAGCAGAAUGAGGCUCAGAUUGUUGAGCUUUGAGAGAAAAAUGGAGGAUUGGUGCUGUCUUAAGGGCGUUCUAUCUUACAUGUUUCUCCCCUUUUCCUCCCAGAGACACGCCUCUCACCCCCAGAUACUGUAGGGCCAGGGUGUCCCGACUAGGAGUAAGGCACUUGGCCUCCCACACACUCUGUGGAAUUGGGAACUAGAACAGCGAUUAAUCACACACAACCAGCCUGUAGCGCUGUUCUGAUCCUAAAACACAACUACAGCUGUCUACACAACCACCCUACCCAGCUACAGCCAGAGCUAGUUAAGCCCUAUACGUAGAGACACCCAACACCCUGGCUAAUUCCCCUCACGUACCCAGCAUGGGUUGACCCCCAACAUGGGUAUUACUGGCUCUGACACCUCUCCACCUCUACUAGGCCAAAGAGAAGGGCUCUGUGUGAAUCCCUAUGUUAGAAUGAUUUUUGGAGUGGCCAAUGCAACAGUAUACAUGGUAAUUGUUAAAAGAAUGGCGGUUUGACGGUAAGGUGUCGGCUGGAACUUGUCUGCAUUGAUAUUUUGUUCCCUACUACAAAAAUGAUGAUGAAUCUCAUUUGCAAGUUAAGCGCCGAGGCAAACCCCAUAGGGUUGAAUAAGGGCUGAUGAGGUUUGUUCUAUGUGGGGCCUGAGUGAGAAAUUGCAUUGGUAAUGAAAGAAACAAUUCCAAGAGGGGAGCUGUUGGUGCAUCUGUUUUCAAGUAGUUACCUCACUAUGUUAUGCUGUGUGAGGAACCUUAAUGAAUUCCGUUUCUACCCUGAGGUCCCAUUUAUGAUUGGCUCUGAAAAAUGCAAAAGAAGCGCUGUCUCUGCCUCUCAGAAUGAACCAGUACCCACCUCCUCACCCUGCCCUCUCCUCAACAUGGCCAGUGUAGAGAUUUGAUGAAUCAUAAUUUUUAAGUAGCCAGAAUAGAUUCGGCCCUACGCUUACUUACAGUUUAAGAUUACAGAUUAAGACAUCGUGAGCUAUGGCUCGGAAAACGUACCUCAAUCCAGGGAUGAGAAAUGCGUUUGUACUACGAAUUGGCCCAUUAUCUCAAAUGUUACAGCUAGAAUAUUGAACGACUGCUAGUUUUUAAGUAAACUGCCGUUUUCGCCCUCAAUAGCCACAACAGCCAUUAUGGACUGGCAUGUCGCGUUGAACAACAAUGGAGCUGAUUGGCUGACACUGCCAUUCCAAAAUGGCUGAUGUGGCUUCUGCUACCUACCACGAGGACAAAACUAGCAGUGGUUCAAUAUUCUCGUUGUAACAGUUGGGAUAAUGGGACAAUUCGGUGUACAACGCAUUUCUCAUCCCUGGAUUGAGGUACGUUUUCUGAGCAACAUCUCACACCGGCUCCGCAGUGUCUUCAUCUAAACAGGAAGCCUGUCCCACCCCAGUGCAGCUGUAAGAAAGCGUAGGGUGGGAAUGUAUUCUGGCUAACUUUCUAAGGUGCUUGAAAUAUGUCCUGUUUGGAUCUCUUUGUGUUCCAAUUGUAAAACCCUAACAUUUAUUUAGUGGUAUCAGUGUUGAAUCAGAAACUCCUAUACAACCUCUGUCUUUGAAUGUGGCAGAGCGGAGGUGCAUGUAUGUAUAUGGUCUUAACGUUUGGAUCACCUUUUGGUUGCAUCACGAGGCAGGGAUAUCCAUUCGCAUUUUAUUUCUGCAGAGCCAUGGCUGGUCUAUUUGUUUAGUAAACAUGGUUAUUUACAAGCUUAACUUUUCCACUUUUUUUUACUACUCUCCCUUCAUAUUAAUAACUUGUCCUUUUUUCCUAUAAUUGCAUGUUUUCCCCCACACUAAUUGAACGAUUGUUGUAGAUAUUGAGAGAGGGCAGUGUUGCACAGUCACAGUAGUGCUCAAUGUCUCCAAAUCCACCAGAGAGCAGAGAUGAUGGGACUGGAGUUCAAUGUUGAUACCUCCUAAUAGCACUGUUUACCUCCCUCUGGGAGUGCCCAUUUCAUGUUCUGUGAUGUCUAAUGAUGGGUCUGAAAAUGACUGUUGGCACUUCAGUGCUCAUUAAUAUACUGUCUCCUCAAUAUGUAAGGCCUAAAGCGCGUAGCUAAGCCUUCUAACACGAGCUAGCUGGGUAGAGAAUGACAGAUGCCUUUUACCCCCUCAGCUGCUUAUCUACUUGCUGUAAUCAUCAUUCUCACUAGACUAGAUACUGUCUAGUGAGUGAGACCUGUAUGAGGGUAUGUUGUGUACCCUCUGCUCUGUGCUCCUGAAGUUUUUGAGUGACAAGAGAAGACUGAUAUAGCCUGGCCUUGUGUAUUUGAACUGUCAGAUGCAACAGGCUGAUAGACCGUUGAUGUCACCUGAAAUGCACAGUGACAGCUUCCGCUCUCUCUCUCUGAUUGGCUAUUGAGCCAGAGUAGUGUCCUAGUCGUCAUGGUUUUCCUCUGAGCUGGCUCUUGGAUAGAUCUGACUUUAUGAAUAGAUUCAUGCUCACUAAGAGAGUCAAAUGGUUUAAAAAAUGUUCACAAAUUUCAGAUUCAGAUAGGCAACCAAUGAUCUCAAUCUAAGCUAUUAAACUGAUAAUACAUUCAUACUAGCAUGACAUGUAAUAUGGCUCAGGUUGUAAUUUCUCUCAAUGCAUACAAUGGCACCUGAAGUAAGUCCUCCAUGUAGGAGGUAGCCAGUCCACUUGUAGAAAAGGCUUAGUUCUUUAGGCCAGGCUAAACUGAGUCUGUUCAUGCCAGGGUUUUAGGAUGCAGAGGGGGAUGAAAUGGCCAAUCUGAGCCAUAAUGUGUGAGUUUGAGUCUAGCCUAACACUAACAACUGGCCAAGGAAUAUGUUUACCCCCAUGUUUACAUUCCAGUGAAAUGGGUUAGAAAGUGCACUUCAUGAGUCUGGCAUUAUUUUCACAUGCCAAGCAGAAUUAUGAGGUACAUAGCCAGCCUGUCAUACAUGAGACUCCUCCUCUCCAGUGGUCUGUCAGAUGUGGUCAAUGUCCCUGCCUGGCAUAAUAAAUAAGCAGUACGUUGUAGGCUUUUUUUUUGCAUCUCUGUCUUGUACAAUUUAUAUUUAAUUCUGACUCCCCAAACAUUUUUCUAAUGUUUUAUGAAUGAACAUUUUGCAUCCCAUGCUUACACACUCUACUUUUUUACUGUCACACAUUGUUUGAAUCAUCUGAACUACAACAUUGAUCAGAUAGACAGUCCAAAUAAAGGAGUUACAUUUUUUUGCUACGUGA